CGCAACAAACACCACGCCAGUCAUCACGUUACAGUGAUCCAAGCAUCCGAGUCGUGACUGGAAUCUAUCCGCUACCACCAGCCUCCAACUCCACCUACACCGACAAUCGCCAUGUCUUACAACAAGCCAGAGAAGGGUGACUUCGAGGGUCCCAAGAUCCACAAGAUCCGCAUCACCCUCACCAGCCGCAACGUCAAGAACCUCGAGAAGGUCUGCACCGAGCUCAUCGACCGCGCCAAGGGCAAGGACCUCCGCGUCAAGGGCCCCGUCCGCCUGCCCACCAAGAACCUCAAGAUCAGCACCCGUAAGACCCCCAACGGUGAGGGUUCCAAGACUUGGGACAUGUUCGAGAUGCGCAUCCACAAGCGCCUCAUCGACUUGAACGCCCCCACCGAGGUCGUCAAGCAGAUCAUCAUCAACAUCGAGGCCGGUGUCGAGGUCGAGGUCACCAUCGCUGCUUAAGCGUAGACAUGAGAAGGAAAUUUGGGAGUGCCAAGGGAUGGAAAAGAUACGUGGUCCUGCAAUAGCCUGAAUGGAACCUUUUGCAUUGGGCUAAACAUGUUGCCAACAAGCCUGUCAUUGUGAUGCUGUGUCUCUGUGUUAACUUGCCAAAGCACCUGAAGUGAUACGCCAUGGUAGAAAUGUUCUACGCAGGCAUACUUCCUGCAAUGCGCCGACUUGGAGAACAAC